CCACCUAUCCCGCCUGUGCUGUUUGACCCGGGGGUGUAUUCAUUAGGCCGUGUGUUGCAAAACGUUUUGCUACACAAACGCUGUUGACUUUUGUUUUGUUCUUAAACGAAAGUUGUAGUUCAGUGGUGUCUCGCUUCAAACAUAAAUACGUGGCUGGAAGAAAUUGUAACGCAGCGGAAUUCACGCCACUUGAGAGCAUGGAAUAGUCAGUCAAACAGAUUGUACGUGCCGUUGAAGAGCGUUCGGAGCCGCUCCUGUUGCUAAACGUUUUGCGAUAGAAUCGACGUAAUGAAUACACCCUCGACCAGCCGCUCUCCUGUCGGCUGGCUAUCAUCUGAAUCUGUUAGUGGCUUUGGGUGUCUGACUACUUACUCUUCGUGCCCGCCGUCACCAUGACAGCAGAGGAGAUCAUCAAUGUGAAGGAGGUGGAGAUCAUCAAGGUGAUCCUAGACUUCCUCAACUCCAGGAAACUUCACAUCAGCAUGCUGGCCCUGGAGAAAGAGAGCGGAGUCAUCAAUGGACUCUAUUCUGACGACAUGCUGUUCCUCAGACAGCUGGUGUUGGAUGGGCAGUGGGACGAGGUGCUCCAGUUCAUUCAGCCGUUGGAGUGCAUGGACACGUUUGACAGGAAAAGGUUCCGUUACAUCGUCCUGAAGCAGAAGUUUCUGGAGGCCCUGUGUGUGAACAACGCCAUGUCUGCUGAGGACGAGCCACAGCAUUUGGAGUUCACCAUGCAGGAGGCAGUGAAGUGUCUUCAUGCUCUGGAGGAGGUCUGUCCCUCUAAAGAUGACUACAGCAAGCUAUGUCUGCUCCUCACCCUGCCUCGUCUCACCAACCACGCUGAGUUCAAGGACUGGAACCCCAGCACGGCGCGGGUGCACUGUUUUGAAGAGGCGUGCACCAUGGUGGCAGAGUUCAUCCCUGCAGACAGGAAGCUGAGCGAAGCUGGGUUCAGGGCCUCAGGGAACCGCCUCUUCCAGCUCCUCAUUAAAGGAGUUCUGUAUGAGUGCUGCGUCGAGUUCUGCCAGAGCAAGGCGACAGGCGAGGAGAUUACGGAGGGCGAGGUGCUCCUGGGGGUGGACAUGCUGUGUGGGAACGGCUGUGACGACCUGGACCUGUCCUUACUGUCCUGGAUGCAGAACCUGUCCCACAGCGUCUUCUCCUGCGCCUUCGAGCAGAAGCUGCUCCAGAUCCACGUGGACCGCCUGGUCAAGCCCGCCAAGGCCGGCUACGCAGACCUCCUCACCCCGCUAAUCAGCAAGCUGUCCCCCUACCCCUCCUCGCCCCUCCGCCGCCCCCAGUCCGCCGAUGCCUACAUGUCCCGCUCCCUGAACCCGGCCCUGGACGGGCUGUCCUAUGGUCUGUCUGGCCAGGAGAAGAGGGGCCCAGGGGGGGACAUGGCGGGGGGGAAGGGGGUGUCCCCCAUGUCUCAUUCCUUCGCUAACUACCACACGGGGGGCCAGAGUCUGAGCAGGAGUCUGAUGCUGGAGAGCUCCGACUGCCACAGCAUCUUUGAGGAGUCGCCUGAGAGCUCCAGGACGGACACGCCCGUGGAUAAGAUGAUGAGUUCGGGCACCCUGCGCCCUGACUCUGCCCCUGGAGAGGACGCCCCGUCACCAGGCUCUACAGAGAGGAACGAGCUACAUGACUCGACAGAGAAGUUUGAGGAGUUUUACCGCCAGCGUCUGAGAGUGCAGCAGCACCUGGAACAGAAGCAGCAGCAGAGACAACUCUACCAGCAGAUGCUUCUGGAGGGAGGGGUACAACACAGUGACCAGCCAGCCCCCGGGACAGACGCCAUGCAGCACAGCCUCACUGAGACGUUCCUCAACAGGUCUAUUCAGAAGCUGGAGGAGUUGAACGUUGGGAUGGAGAGUCUAGAGGAGGAUGUCCAGUCUCUGGCCCAGCAGUGCAAUGGUACCGGCCCCUCUCCCGAGAACAACAAUAUCGGUGACCCCGUAGGCUUGACCCCUGACCCCGCUGUGAUCCUGACCCCCGAGCAGGGCCAGCCCCAUGGAGGAGGGGUGGUCAGCAGCACCCCACAACGCACCGCAGCGGGUCGGGGGGUACACCCACCGAACGAAUCCCCAGUGGUCUGCCAGAGUCCUCAAGUAGCCGGACAGCCUUCCGCAUUAGACGACUCACCAGGAGCCCUAACCCGAAGUAAGGAGGGGGACAACGGGGACAAGCCCAAGGCCCUGUUUGUAGCUGUGAACACCUUGGAGGACACUCAGGCAGUGCGCGCUGUAGCCUUCCACCCCACGGGGGCGCUAUACGCUGUGGGCUCCAACUCUAAGACGCUACGCGUGUGUGCCUACCCAGAUGCACCGCUGGACACCAGUGGGGUGUCGGGUAUGACCAAGCAGCCGGAGGUUCGCUUUAAGAGGAAUAAGCACCAUAAAGGUUCUAUCUACUGUGUGGCCUGGAGUCACUGUGGAAAGCUACUAGCCACCGGCUCCAAUGACAAAUACGUCAAAGUCCUGCCCUUCAGUGCCGAGACCUGCAACGCCACAGGUCCAGACCUGGAGUUCAGUAUGCACGACGGUACCAUCAGAGACCUGGCGUUCAUGGAGGGACCAGAGAGUGGAGGGGCCAUCCUGAUCAGCGCCGGAGCCGGAGACUGUAACAUCUACACCACUGACUGUCAGAGAGGACAGGGCCUGCACGCUCUCAGCGGACACACAGGUCACGUUCUGUCUCUGUAUACGUGGGGAGGGUGGAUGAUAGCGUCAGGCUCUCAGGACAAGACUGUGAGGUUCUGGGACCUGAGGAUACCCACUUGUGUUAGAGUGGUGGGCACUGCCUUCCAUGGAUCAGGCAGUCCCGUUGCCUCGGUAGCGGUUGACCCUAGCGGUCGUCUCCUAGCGACGGGACAGGAGGACAGCGGCUGUAUGCUCUAUGACAUCAGAGGGGGACGCGUUGUGCAGACGUACCGGCCCCACUCCAGCGACGUGCGCUCCGUUAGGUUCUCCCCCGGGGCACACUACCUGCUCACUGGUUCCUACGACACCAAGGUCAUGAUCAGCAACCUGCAAGGUGACUUGACGAAGCCGUUGCCCCUGACUCUGGUAGGGGAGCACGGUGACAAGGUGAUCCAGUGCAGGUGGCAUACACACGACCUGUCCUUCCUCUCCUCCUCCGCUGACCGUACCGUCACACUCUGGACACACAACCCCUAACAGACACACACUCACGCAACACAACCCCUAACAUGCACAUAGCUUGUGAACACACAGAAAUAUAGACACACAAACACAACCCCUAAGUCACAUAUAGUGGACAUGCAUAACCUGUAAUACACAACCUAGACACACACAUGCACCCUUUUCCUGACACUCUUUUUCCUCUUGCAGCAAACAGGACAGUUUGUCCCGCUGUACAUUUGGUUGUGUGGCUGUCUGUGGGUAUCUUUUAGCUGUAUUUAGGUUUGAUUUCGUAUCUUGCUCAUCUCCCCUCAACAUCACUGCUUCUGUGAACAACUCUCACUUUAGCAAAUGCAUCCCCUAGUUGUGUGUGUGUGUGUGUGUGUGUGUGUGUGUGAGUGAGUGUGUGUGUGUGUGAGUGAAAUGGAGAGAGUGAAAAAGUGCACCAACUGACCCUUCCCUUCGCUCUAUCACGCCAUUCCUCCACUCGCCCAUGACUCUUCACAUAUUCAUCUACAAAUGAUACAUCUACUCCAUGUUUUGAAUAAGGAGAGGGAUGUUUUGCUACAGUGCAUUGUUUCAUAUGGUGUCUUGAGUUAUCCAGUCUCCCAAUACAGAAACCCAUGUGGGUCCCUCUCCAUUUCAGGUCAAACCCAUGUGGGUCCCUCUCCAUUUCAGGUCAAACCCAUGUGGGUCCCUCUCCAUUUCAGGUCAAACCCAUGUGGGUCCCUCUCCAUUUCAGGUCAAAAAGUUAAGUUAUCUGUGAGAUCUUUUCAAGAACAAAUUGACAUUCCUAAUUAGUUUGCACAGUCAGUGUUUUUGUUACAGCGUGUGUUACUAUGCUGCUAUUAUUUGAGAAGAAACCAAGGCAACGAUGUUGCGAUCUAAACUGCUGACAAUAUGUCAGUGUGUGACUCAGUACAUCAGGUCCUCCUUGCCGGAGUUGAAUCUGUUGCAUAGGUCGAUCAAUUAGCUAUCGGUUGCUUAGCUGUUGUCAAUACUACUACUGUGGGAGUUUCCGAUGCCUAACGUUACUGUGCAAGUCUGCCCACCGUAUUUCUGCUUUAGGCUUUGUAAAUAUCGGAGUCAAAAAUGUGUACGUUUUUAAUGCUGAAUCAGUGUUUGGUGCAAAAUGCUGUCUUCAGACAGUUGUUGUGGUGUUUCUUGCUAUGGCUUGCCUGCAAAUAGGAAAAAUAAAAGUUGUUUUAUAUCGACUUGGAAGGGAAUAACAGAUCUACUUGUUGGCUUGGCCAGCUUCAGCGUGCGGUUAAGCAACACUCCCUAUGUAGUGUAGCUUUGCUUUCAUCUGCAAUGUUACUGGUUGCUACCUAGAUGGCAGGCUCUGCCUAUUUCGAAAGGGAGUGGCUUGUGCACAAUAUCUUCUAAAACGAUCAACCGUAUUAAGGGUGUUUUGCGUUUCUUACUUUCAUUUUCUGUAUUUUGCACUUUGUCACUAGACACACCAUUUAAUACGGUUUUGUUUGAUUUAGCAAAAUGCAGGCUUGAGUUUUAGGCUUUGUUCUUUGUACAGUUUCUCAUUUUAAAUUAAAAGGCCAAACUAAUAAAUAGAUGUAUUUAUUUAUCUUUUAUUAUUUUAAAAUGUUCUUGUAAUAUAGGCAUCCUGUUCUGUUGAUAUGAAAUUAGAUAGUGGUUCUGGUAUGUAGCUUUUCUAAACCUUGUUUUAAGUGACUAAGAGAAAUUAAUAGAGCUUAUUGAAGUGUGAUCGCUGCUGUGGUAUCUAAAUAAAAUCCUCUUUGACAUUUCA